AGGCGGGGCAUUUACUGAAGUAACAUUUAGGAAACAUUUCUGAAUACUUCAUCCACUAGAAAACAUCCCCAGCGUCAUGUGAGGAGCUGCACUUUACUCUCAUCUGGAGGAAACCUCAACAGAAACACGACUUCACCCACAGAGGAAUGAGAAACCAGGCAGCAGCAGAAGCAGAAGAACCAGAAGCAGGUCUGAACAAUGUGGCUGAUUUUCACGGCUCUUCUUGCCGCCUGGUUAAACCCACAGAGCCAAGCUUCGGUGACUUUUGCUUCCACCUGCUGGGUCAAAGGUCAACCAGACGAAGAGCUGAUUUUACACUGCGGUGAUGGAGAACAUGAAGGAGUGGUCCAGUUCUGGCACACACCGUUCGGUGAACUCCAGAGUUCUGGUUCCCAGUCCAAACUGGACCCAGUGUUUAUGCACCACGAUGGGAGCCUCGUUAUCCCAAACUCCAGCAUCCACCAUGGUGGGCUGUAUUACUGCAUCCUGCGGCACGCGGAGGGAUCCACACUGUGGCCCUUUGAGCUUCAUGUGGACCAAAACAUGGUGGCUGAGGCUGAGGACGGGCACGGCAGCGGCUGCGCUGCACGCCGGUUCAGGAGGAACGCAGCUUUUCCAGGCGAGAGGGAAGCCGUGAUUCCAGAUGAGAUUUUUGCAGGAGCCGUGGCUGCAUCAGUGCUCCUGACGUUUGUGGUGGGAUUCAGCGCUGGAGCUCUGUCACGGGCCCCUGUUCUCAGGUGCUUAAAGUCACUCACUCCAAAGCAGCGCAGACGUCAACCUGACGAACCAGACUGCUCUCGGGUUACCAUGACAACCCUGCCACCCACGUACGACAACCAGGCCUUCAGGACGGGAGCGAUGCCCCAUGACUCUAGAUUCUGGCGACCCGCGGAGACACCAACUCCACUUCCAACCCCGUCUCCACCCGCCAAACCCAAGAGGAGCUUUCGGCUCAAAGUAGAAGAAAAAGAAAAAGAUGAACCGGAAAGAAAUGCUUAUUUGGAAGGAUGCGAUUCCAACAUGGCGGAGGAGAAAACCGGAAGCGGGGAGGAUGGCGAAGCAAAGGAGGAAGAAGAGCGAGCCAAGCCAGAUGAAAAAGAAGACGAUGAAGAGAGUGAAACAAAAGACAGAGAGGAAGAGGAAGAUGGAGAAGCGAGCCCAGAGGAGGAGGUAAGAGAAGAACAAAAACAAAAAACAGUCGAGAGUGAAGAGUUGGAGCAGGAAUCCACAGUACCAGACGACGAGAGGAGCGUCAAAGCGAAAGCUGAGCCCAGAGAAGAAGAUCCGCCGUCCGGUUCUCCCCGGCGCCGCAGCCGCAUUAUCCGCCUGUACCAAUACGACGAGGACGGCCAGCGAUACGGUCACCUCCCGGACCCAGAGGCUCCUGUACCGGCCCCAAGGUCCAGGCAGCGCUCCCGGUCUCUGACCCGCCUGAACGCCAUCAUGGCGGCGGCCGCCACGGGGCCGAUGGAGCGGACGGAGCCAGACGAGGAGAAACAGCACUUCCACAUGGACAUUUAAGGCUCAUGUUAUUCUGUUUUAAUCAUUAUCGCCUUAUUUUUACAACAUAAGAAAAAAGGAAUAAAAUUACCCUCCCUUUGUUAGCACAUGCGCAAAUUAGCUGAUGGUACGGAUUAUACUUCCGGAAAAUGGAAGUGAAAUGGAGGCGAUGAAAAGUUUGAGGCCUAGACCGCACAUAAUCAGAAAUAUAUAUAUAUAUAUGAAAAUUUAUAUAUUUUUAUGUUUUGG